UGGACCCUUCUGGAGCUCACAAUGAAGACAUUGAUUUGGCUGCUCUUCCUUCCAGGUUUCCUUUGCAGUGAAAACACAUUGAAGAUAAACCCUGAUUCCCUGGUUACCUGGAGAGGAUCCUGUGUGUUGAUUCCCUGCCAGAUUAGUACCUAUAAGGGGGCUGCUCUCAGAGACAUCUCCCUGCUUUGGUAUUUUCAGCCUUUUUAUGAUACAGACCAGUCAGAGUACUCUGGUUACUUACUAUACAACAGCUCUUCAACACCAAGAAACUACAAGACCCGAUCACAGACUGCUUCUGCAAGUCGGUUUGAGUUUGUAGGGAAUGUAGAGAAAAAAACCUGCAGUUUGAAGAUCUCUCGAGUCCGGACAGAGGACAGUGGUAUCUAUGGGGCAAGACUUACUGCCUCAUAUUCCAGACCAUUUCAGUACAAUAAGUGGUUUCUCAAUGCUACAGUUAAUGUUGCUGAGUCACCUCCAGCUCCUAAGAUAGACAUCAACCCUAAAGAUGUCCAAGAAGGGUGGACCACAGUGACCUGCUCUGUACCGUACCAUUGCCCUGAAGAACCUCUAAGACUGACUAUCAGUGGGUUAGAAAACUCUCGUUUUUCUUCACAACCCCCCACUAUAACUAAUGGAGUGAUCCAAACCAUCAUGGGUUUUCAAGGGACCUGGAAGGACCAUGGGAAGUCUCUGGUCUGCUCUCUGAAAAGAGAUUGGAAAGAAAUAUCCCAGAAUACCAUGAAGCUGGAUGUGAAAUAUGCUCCUAAAGAUGUUCAGGUGAGAGCUUCUCCUGGAACGAUCGUUCGAGAGGGAGAGACGCUGUCUCUGGAGUGUAUGAUUAAUAGCAGUAACCCAGAGGUUUCUGAGUACCUUUGGUAUCAGGAUGAUCAACCGAUGUAUGAACAGCCAAGGCUCAAAAAAAUUGAAUUUGAAACCAGAGGAGACCGGCAUUCUGGUGCUUAUAGAUGUGUGGCUAAGAACAGUGUUGGGUCCCAGAAGUCAGAAGAACUCAGCAUAGAUGUCCAAUAUCCACCGAAGGAGACUAAAGUGAAUGGGUGGACAGGAGGGGCUAUCGAGGAAGGAAAGAGAAUGGAUUUGCAGUGCUCUUCUAAUGGAAAUCCACCAGUUACCCAUUAUGAAUGGUAUAAAGAACCUCAGACUGCUAUAUUCCGAAUCAGUAAGCGGCUGCGAUUUGAUGCGAUUCAACUCGGAAAUGCUGGAACCUAUUAUUGUGUAGCCAACAAUAGCCUCGGCCAUUUGAAAUCUUCGUCCAUCACCCUGGAUGUUCAUUAUGGUCCUAAAGAUGUCCGGCUUGCCAUUGAAAAUGCCCAGCUGCCCAUAAAGGAGAAUGACACCAUUACGCUAAACUGUUCAUUCAGUCACAGCAACCCUAGUAAUUCUAUCCGGUACAAGUGGUAUAAGAAUAAAUUGAGUCUGCCAGAGCAAAGAAACCCGCGGAUCAUGCAUGCAGUAUUGGAACGGGCUGGGGAUUACACAUGUGACGCGUGCAAUGAUGUAAAAUGUGGUUCAUCUCAACCAGUCACUGUGGAUAUACACUAUGCUCCCAAAGAGGUCAAAGUCUUGCAGGAGCCAAAAAAUCCAAUUCAUGAAGGCAAGCAGGUUAAUUUGAGAUGUUAUGUGACAAAGGCAAAUCCCAAAACUGACAGCUACAGAUGGUAUAAAGAUGGAGUACAGCAACAUCCGGAUUCUGCAGCUGACCAUCUGACCAUUGAUCCUGUGACUUCUGCACAUUCUGGAAGAUACUGGUGCGAGGCCACUAACAUCGUGGCUACUUCCCAUUCCCAACAAAUUAUACUGAAUGUCUAUUAUGGACCCCGUAAUGUCCGUCUGUCUCUGGAGAGGCAGGUGGCUGUGAUAGAGGGAAUGGAUGUCUCACUGCUGUGUGCUGCUGAUGCCAACCCAUCCCCUCAUGCUUUUGAGUUGUACCGAGAUGAAGAAAAGCUGAUGGCAAGAAAUGACCGAAUCCUGCUUCUUCGAAAAGUUCAGGUUGAAGAUUCGGGAGACUAUCACUGCAAAGCAUACAACAGCCUCUCUGCAGGAGAAUCACAAACCCUAAUGCUCUCUGUGUCCUACAGCAGAGCUACUAAGCUGAAGCAUGGCAUGAAGGGCCUUGGCAUCAUUCUAAGCGUUAUUUUCAUUUUGGGCAUGCUCAUCUUUGCUCUGAAGACAUGGAAGAAAAAGAGGGGCCCAGGAGCUUCCAGGACAACGCGCUCUGGCUCGUUUUUUGUAAGGAAGGUGAAGUAUCAUGUUACAUUGACUUCAUGUACAGCUUGGAGGGGGAGUGGCUGUGCUGGAUUACAAAUCACAGAGCAUGCAGUGGCACCCCAGCUUGCUAGCUCUGGUUUGGAUAAUUCCCAGAGAUUUCCGACCAUUGCCCAGGGAGGGCGGAGUCUGGGGAGGGGCACAAAACUCAGUGAGGAUGUGAUGUCAUUCUAG